CGCUGAAGUCACGACGAAUGCUGAUUAUAUCUGCAUAACGUUAAUCCAUUAUAACAAUAAAAAUGAACCAACAGUGCAAGGUGUGUGGCGAACCAGCGGCUGGCUUCCAUUUCGGUGCAUUCACCUGCGAGGGUUGCAAGUCUUUCUUCGGGCGCUCGUACAACAACUUGAACAGCAUCGCCGAUUGCAAGAAUGACGGCAAGUGCGUGAUAAAUAAGAAGAAUCGCACCGCGUGUAAAUCUUGCCGCUUAAGGAAAUGUAUCUUCGUCGGCAUGUCUAAAUCUGGCUCGCGAUACGGUCGCAGGUCGAACUGGUUCAAAAUCCACUGUCUAUUACAACAGCAACAGCAACAAGAACAACAGCAGCAGCUAGAGCAACAUCAGAUGCAACAGCAACAGCCACUGCAACAGCGUCAGCAGCAUCAGCAGCAACACUAUCAACCGGCUAUUCUUAUGUCGCACCAACUGUCGCAACAGCAACGUAAUCCAACGAGUUCGCCUAUCCAUGGCAUUCAUGGUAAUCAGUGUAGGGACGAAACCUUGAUGAUGAACGCGGACGACUACAAAAACUCCAACUCGCCUAACAUAAGUUCGCCCGAGUCCCACAAUAGCGACAGUUCCGUCGAUGUCUCUGAAAGGAGAGCGGCCUUCGCCGGACAUCCCGGUAUCCGACCGCUUCCGCACUUGCCACCAGUUGAUUUGUCUGCGCUGAGUCUGCCAUUAGGCUUUCCUCUCAGCGGUAUGUCUCUUUUGCCGUCGCCCUUCAUACCACCACCUAGCAUCGCCAUAUUUCCACCCUACGCUCACGUAUAUGCGACGUCACACAACACACCCCAUCAUCUCAUGGCGAAUCAUCCGUCCAGUAUACCACAACGUUCGCCAGUGACUACGAGCGAUGAAAACGAUGAACCCACAACUGCCACGACGUCGACCGUGACAACGACCACAGCUACGACGACCGCGUUAAGAAUCUCAACGUCGUUAGCCUAUAACAAAGACUCUUACGAAAAAAAUAACAAUAACGACCGAUUCUGCUUAGAUAUGGUCUUAAAGAGCGAGCAAACGUCGGAGAGACCGCGGAAGGGAAUGCGUUCCGAAGAUAACUCAACCGAGUGCAGUCCGGAACGGGAAAUCACUUGUUCACCACCGCAAGAUAAUCCGAUGGAUCUUUCCAUGAAAACCGUCGCGACACCCGAUCGUUUACAAAAGGAAAUAGACGAUGAAAUAGAUAAUGCCAGUGAUGCAGAAAACUCAGCUGCAAAAAAACCCAUAGAUUUAACGACAAGAUCCUAAGAUCUGAUUAUAAUUCAAAAGAAUGAGGUGAUUGAGAUGAAACAAGGAUGUUCUUCUUUCUUCUCUAAUGGACAUCUGUUCCUAUUGGGACAAAGUGUAUCACGCUUUAUUUAAAUUUACUCACCUAUAAUUGUUCUUCAGUUUUAUUUUAUUUCAA